GUACUGCUGAGUGUUGAAGGAGAUCUGUUAGGUUGCUGUCUCUGUCAUUUGACUCAUUUCAAUCAGAAAAUUUUUCAAGCAGGGAUUUCUUUGGCAUGGAGAUUGUAUCUGGAAUUCUUGAAAUUUUGAACUGCCUAGCGCCCCCAUCAUUCGCCUAUUUAGAUCGUCACAGGAAGUUCAAACAAGAUGUGGAUGAUCUCAGAGAAAGAGUCAGAGAUCUAAAUACCAGAAAAGCAGACAUAGAAACACAACUAAAAGCAGAGGAUCUGUCAGAAAAGCUAGUCAGGAAACAAGUGAAGGACUGGCUUGAAGAUGUACAGAGGGUCAAUGAUGGCAUGGAAGAGAUUGAAGAAAAGGUGCGGAAGGUUUCGUACUUUUUUCGUGCUCGCCUUGGGAAACUUGCUCGUGAAAAGAUUGGAGAACUGGAUAGAAUUUCUCAAAAGGGAAGGUUCCCUGAAGGUCUGGUAAUUGAUAGACCUCAACCCAUUGGGAUGACUUUACCAACAGAGAAUUUGGAGGGUGAGUAUGAUGUAAAGACAAAAAUUUGGGGAUACUUGAGGUGUUGUGAAGUUGGAAUGAUUGGAGUUUGUGGAAUUGGUGGUGUUGGCAAAACCACAGUUAUGAAACACAUUCAUAACGAAUUGCUGAAUAAGGCUAAAAACAACUUGCUCAAUGAGGCUGAAAGGUUUGAUAAGGUGAUCUGGGUGACAGUAUCACAUCCACUCAAUGUUGUAAAAUUGCAAGGUGACAUUGCUAGUAAAAUAAACAAAAGUCUUCCAGAUGGAGAUGAAUUGAGCCGGGCAUCAAAAUUGAUGGACACUAUGAAAACAAUGAAAUAUGCAUUGAUCUUAGAUGAUGUGUGGGAUAAGUUCACUCUUCAACGUGUUGGAAUCCCGCAACCAACAACAGCAAACGGGUGCAAAAUCGUUAUCACUAGCAGAUCUGUUGAUGUGUGCAACUACUUGGGUUGUCAAAUAGUUAAAGUUCCACCUCUUUCAAAACAGGAGUCUUUGAACUUGUUCUUAGAUAAGGUGGGGCAAGACAUUCUACAAAUUGUUGAUUUGAAAGAGAUUUUAGAGCCUAUAGUGGAUGAAUGUGCUGGUUUGCCAUUGGCUAUUGUGUUAAUUGCAGGGAGCAUGAGAGGAGUGAAAGAUAUUCAUGAAUGGAAGAAUGCAUUAAGGGAAUUACGGAAAUGUGUAGCUGGCACAGUUGAAGGUUCGGAAGAUGAGAUAUUUCAUCGUUUGAAGUUCAGUUACGAUCAUCUUCCAAAUCCAAACAUUCAAAAUUGUUUCUUGUAUUGCUCAUUGUACCCUGAAGAUUUUGAAAUUAGCAGAAUAGAGCUGAUUGAACAUUGGAUUUGUGAGGGAUUUAUUGAAGAAUUGGGGAGUAGACGAGAUAUGCAUGAUAAAGGGCACACUAUGUUAAAUAGGAUUCAAAACAAUUGUCUGUUAGAUGAAGCCAAUAAUGAAGGAUAUGUUAAGAUGCAUGAUGUUGUGAGGGAUAUGGCAGUGCGCAUCUUGAGCAACGGUCCUCACAGGUUUAUAGUAAAAGCUGGGGUGGGAUUGUCACAGAUGCCAAACGAGGGUGAAUGGACUGAAGAUCUAGAAAAGGUUUCCCUCAUGAAAAACGAAAUAUCAUAUAUUCCUGUAAAUUUGUCCCCGAAGUGUUCAAUGCUGUCAACCUUGAUUUUGAAGGGGAAUGGAGGAUUGAUACAAAUUCCAAAGUGUUUUUUUGACAACAUGGUCGGGCUCAAGUUUCUUGAUCUUUCUUCCACCGGUAUUGAGGCUCUACCUAAUUCUGUGUGUAAAUUGGAAAGCCUUACUACGUUGAUCCUUCGUGAAUGUCGCAAUUUAGUAUGUAUGCCUUCCUUGGAAAAGCUCAAGAUGCUGAAGAAGUUGGAUCUCCAUAGGGCAGGCCUUCAUGAGGUCCCUGAAGGCAUUGAAACGUUGGUAAAUCUACAAUAUCUUGAUUUAUGUUGUCAACACUUGCUGGAGCUACCCAAAGGAAUGAUCAGUAACCUCUCUUGCCUGCAAUAUCUGUGUAGAGAUGGGCUUUCAACUGAAGAAACAAUAAGAGGAGAUGAAGUAGCCGGAUUGAAGAUGCUGGAAACUUUUGAAGCUGGUUUUUAUUACCUAAAAGACUUCAACAGUUAUGUCAUGUCAAAACAUUUUGUAAGACUUGGUCAUUACGUGCUCUCAGUGGGACCAAGCAAUGGAGAUGCUGGUUUGGUGCUUCCGGAUGACAUUCAGAAUUUAGUUAUUUGUGGCUUCGAUGUUGAGCAGUACAGUGAUGUUUUGAAAAUGGAUAAAACAGCAGCAUUGCGUGCACCAACAUCCCCUGGCAUCUUUUCCAAUCUUAAACAGUUGCGUGUAAUGAACUGUACAGUAUAUAAUUUGUUGUCAUGUAAACUGCUGCAGGGGUUCCAGUACUUGGAAGAAGUUUACGUCUUUGGAUGUUGUAUUGAGGAAAUAGGAUGGGAAGAAGAGGAAGGAAAUCAAGCAAAUACUGCGUUUACUCUUCCAAAAUUUAGGAAAUUAUCUGUAGCCACUUCGGAAGUGAAGAAGUUGUUUCUAUGCAAAGAAGAGGAUGGAGAUCAAACAACUGCUGCAUCUACUCUUCCAAAAUUUAGGAAAAUUUCUUUUGGGCCGUCAGUAGAGGUGCAAAGGUUGUUUCUAGGUCACUGCUUUCAAGGUCCCAGAGUGAUUUUCCUCUCUCAGGGCUAUGUCCAAGAAAUAAUUGAUGCAUCCCAGUACAGGCCUUCAUUCAGAUGCAUUUGUUGCUCAUUGCAGCUUCAUUUUAUCAACAUUUGCAGCUUAGCUUGCUGCACAUUUUUGCUGUCAUCUUACAGCUUCAUUUCCAUCAUAUUUGCAGCUAAAUUGCUGCCAUAUUUGCUGUCAACUUGCAGCUUCAUUUGCUGUCAAUUUUCAGUCUCAUUGCUGCCAUUUCAUGGCAGAUUCAUUUCAUCAUUUUGCUGGUUUGAAUGUCAAAUUUCUAACAAUAAUUCCCCAACAUUACCAAGGUUGGCUUUAGGCUUGCACUUGGACUGGUAAAUGCUUCCUAGGCUCCCAAAAUAAAUAUGCUGCCUCUUGCUGAUUUCUACCAGCAGGGAAAUAAGAAUUCCAUGAGCUGCAAGGCUCAGUAAGUCUAGCAAAUUAUUUAACUUUCAAAACUUAAAAGCUGAACCAAACCAAGCUAUGGGGAUAACUAGAAAACUUAUCUGCCACCUCUUGAGCAGAACCCAUUCCAUCAAAUUCUGUUCACUAACACUGAACAGUCCAAACAAGGGUUCAACCCCAUCAUGAGAACGGCGCUUAUAGUUCACAAGACAAACAGAAAGAUAGCUUUAUGCUUGUUUAAAGCAUUCACAUGAAUGCAAGUUCUAUCUAUGGAUUUCUUCUUGUGAGUGUAGUUCCCAGCAUACCGAUGGACUAGCCAAGGUUCUUCCUAUUGCGCAGAGGAUCUGGAACUCUUUCUUUCAUUUAUUCCGGGUCUUUUAGGAGUUCUUACCUAGCAUGAAGCUUAGAAUCGAGUUCCAUGACUUGCAUACAGUGACAUACAAUUAGCAGAGGUAAGUUCCUAUGUUUUAUGCACAUAAAUAACAUUGCAUGUCUAAAAAUCUGCAUUUUAACUUUUACUUGCUGUCUGAGACUCAAAUCGCCUUGUAAUUGCUAUUUAAACUUCCAGUUCUUGAAUAUAAGUUAAAAAUUUACUAAAACUUACCUUAAUAGCUUUGCAAAAGCUCCUCAGAAAACCUUCCUAACUCUGCUGCUGAUUAUGGGUUGCAGAACCUCCCUCUUUCCCCUUUUUUCCUCCGUCUGGUACCAGAAAGUUUAAAUGUGAAAUGAGUUCAAUAUAACUUUGAAACAUGU